GGUUGCAGUGUUCGUCGAAAUGUGGUUGUCAUUAAUUUCCUGCGUACUUUGGCUCGCGCCGACGCUUCUCGCAGAAGAACACUGGUGGCAGCAUGCCAACUUUUAUCAAAUCUAUCCACGAUCGUUCAAAGACAGUGAUGGCGAUGGUGUGGGCGAUUUGCGGGGCAUAAUGGAAAAGGUGCCCUAUCUGCGUCGCGAGCUAGGCAUCGAUGCGAUAUGGUUGUCUCCGAUCUUUAAAUCGCCGAUGGCAGACUUUGGCUACGACAUAUCCGACUUCCGUGAUAUACAUUCCGAGUUUGGAACAGUUGCCGAUCUGGAAGCAUUAGCUGCCACCUGCAAUGCCGAAGGUUUGAAGCUGAUCUUGGAUUUUGUUCCUAACCAUAGCAGUGACGAGAGCGAGUGGUUCACAAAGUCCGCCAACAAAGAUCCAACGUACAGUGAUUAUUACGUUUGGCACCCGGGAAAGACACUGGCAAAUGGGACACGUGUGCCCCCUUCAAACUGGGUGAGCGUUUUCCGUGGAUCUGCCUGGGAAUGGAAUGACGUCCGCCAGGAGUACUAUCUCCAUCAGUUUCUUGUUAAGCAGCCCGACCUUAACUACCGCAAUUCGGCACUGGUACAAGAAAUGAAGGAUGUGAUCAGAUUCUGGCUAGAAAAAGGUGUGCACGGAUUCCGCAUCGAUGCUGUACCGUACCUCUUUGAGUCCACGCCAGUUAAUGGGGUGUAUCCGGACGAAGAACUGAGUGGAGAAACCGAUGAUCCGGAUAAUCCUUCGUAUUUAGUGCAUACGCUUACGCAAAAUCUGGACGAAACAUUCGAUAUGGUGUACCAAUGGAGGAAGGUUGUCGAUGACUACAAGCAAGAGACACAAUCCGAAGAUAUAGUGCUGAUGGCAGAAGCGUACACUCCCCUGAUGAACAUUAUUCGUUUAUUUGGAGAUGAAAACUCGGAAGGAGCGCAUGUUCCGUUCAAUUUUGAGGUGCUUAGCAAUACGUUCAAGGAAACGACAGGAAAAGAAUUUCACGACAACAUCAAACGUUGGCUUGAUGUGGUGCCAUCAAAUAGGUUCUCAAACUGGGUGCUUGGCAAUCACGACAACAAGCGGGUCUCGUCUCGUCUAGGUGUGGCACGUGCCGAUCUAUACCAAAUUGCCCUAAAUGUGCUACCAGGCAUUGCCGUUACCUACAACGGCGAUGAGCUAGCGAUGGAGGAUGUGUUUAUUUCGUGGAAGGAUACUAUCGACCCGGCUGCAUGUAACACUAAUCCUAAGGACUAUUUAAUGUACAGUCGCGAUCCGGUGAGAACCCCAUUCCAGUGGGAUGAUUCGACUAGUGCAGGAUUUUCCACUAAUCACACAACCUGGCUGCCCGUUGCACCCAACUACAAAACACUUAACUAUAAGGCACAAAAAGCUGCUCCGCGAUCUCACGUUAAGAUAUUUAAAUCGCUCGUGCGUCUGCGUAAGCAGCGAACACUGCGCGAGGGUACGAUGGAAAUGCAGUUAGUAGGAGAUAACAUAAUUGUAAUUAAGCGACACUUGGAAGGAGUAAGCACCAUUGUGGCCGUGCUUAACUUUAACAAAACGACAGAAACCAUCAAGCUAUCGUCCGUCUUCGAAGGGUUGCCUUCUGCGUUCGAGGUGAUUACCUCGUCCAUGCAAACCAACUACAUCGAUGGAACGGUCGUGGGAAGAGAUGAAAUCGUUCUGCCCGCCGAUGCAGCAAUUGUUGUGGAGGGAAACGUUGCGAAUGGAAUUUAAUUUCAACAAAUCUGUAAAUCUAGC